AUGGGCCACAACGCAGCUCUGGCAUCCUUGUCAUCCUUUAGUGCGAUAAGCGAAAAGAAUGACGAUUCCCCUGGCCUUGUUGCCAUCACGUCUCCCCAGCUGAUGGACCACGUCAAUACCAUCAGCGACUUUCGAUUCCAGUGCAGGAGCCACUUUCUGGCAGAUGUUCGUCACCUUUUCUUUGACAUUUUCCUGGUCAUGUUCAGGAAUAGUAGUGAUCAGAUCAUAGAAGUCGGAGCUCUUCUGUUAAAAGAUUUCAUCUAUGAGCAAGUUCAGCGCCAUGGAGAGUGCAAUGCUGUCGUGACCAGAGAACAGCUGGGUGGACGAGAGUUAUGUGAUCCAAACCACAAGAAGCUUGCCCUGUGCUUACAAAGGAUUGGAGAUGAGCUGGAUAACAAUGCAGAUCUCCAAAGGAUGAUAAAUGAUUCUUCGCUCUGUCCCACACAAGACGUGUUUAUGAAAGUGGCCAUUCAGAUCUUCUCAGAUGGAAAGUUCAGCUGGGGAAGGGUGGUUGCCUUCUACUUUGCUUGCCGACUGGUCAUCAAAGCUCUUGUAACCAAAGUUCCUGAUAUCAUCACCAUGAUUAUCCGGUGGACGAUGGACUACCUCCGUGAACAUGUGGUCAACUGGAUCAGGGAGCAGGGUGGCUGGGAAGGCAUUCGCGCCUACUUUGGGACGCCCACGUGGCAGACGGUGGGGUUUUUAGCUGGUGUUCUCACCACUGUUAUUGUCAUUCGCAAGAUGUGAGGAUUCAAGGAGCUGUCAGGUGAUUGAAAAGAAGAACUGUAAGGGAGAGAAAUGGGAAGAAGGAAUCAAGGAACACCCGAACAUCAAGAGGUUUUGGUGAACAAGUCUAACUGGAAGAACUUGCAUUUGGACACAAGGAGCUUCACUUCUGCUACUCCGUUGUGUUUCAGAACUGGGAGUUGGACUGAAUAGUUGGGCUACACUCCUUGUACCAGUGGAAUUGUGAGCAGUGCAUGAAUACGUGCACACCAUGGGGGUUCAGAGGUCAGAGGUGACCAAGAAAACUUUUAAUUUAUUUUUUACUUAGACAAGUCACUGCAUUCUGUUUAUCCUGGCCUAAUUGCUGAUUAAUUUUUGGCCCAGAGUUUUUUUUUUUUUUUCUUUCUUUCUUUCUUUAUUUUUAAUUACACACUUGCUUUUUGCUCAACUCUUUCCCCAACUUCUCACCCUCUGUCCACUUGAUGUGUGUGAACUUUAGAAUCCAUCUUCAUACAUCUGCGUGUUCUCUUGUGCAAAUCUGUGAUAAUCUGCUGUUGUCAUCAUAAGUGUUCAAGGAUAAACCGUUUUUAAAACAAUCAGGAAACUAAGAUGACAUGAAGAUGAGACCUUUGCCAGUAUAUGUAUAUUUUU